UGUAUAUAGAUAUUAGACGCGUGCGUAAUGAGGACAGAUGCAGGAAUUUUAAACAAAGAAGGAUAACAUUAUGGGACAGGACUUUUACGAUACCUUUCCGUAAUAUUCUUUCGAAAUUUUCCUCGGGCAGUUUCUGAAGCCUUAUCAUUAGACGAAAAGGGUGGUUCACAGUGGAUAACAUUUCGCUGUAAGGAACCCGUUUUAGUUAAUCUUAUCUGUCCCAUUUAGUAGGCUACUGUCGCUGUUACACCGAAGGAUGGUGAGGCUAUACACGAGGAAACCGAUCUGUCUUUGAGUCGACUGCAACUCUUAUGGAUUUGAUGGUUAUCAUGGACUUAACGAAUCAUAAAACGAAGACCCGACCACCCUCUUUACCUUUCUUGGAUGGUACUGGACAGGCUGUAGCCAAAAGACUCCGUCCGACAGAAUACAGAGAUUCCGCGAUUGUGAUAUCCAUGAGUGACGGUGCCCUCCCACGUGAACAAUCUGCCCCUUUGACAGUGCAGGAUAACAGGUCCAACAUGUCCAGACCCAUGAUUACCAGAUCGCCAGCCUCGCCACUGAGUAACCAGGGCAUCCCCGCUCCUGCCCAGCUCACCAAGUCCAACGCACCAGUGCACAUCGACGUCGGUGGCCACAUGUACACCAGCAGUCUGGCCACGUUAACGAAAUUCCCCGAGUCCAGAAUUGGCCGUCUCUUUGAUGGCACAGAGCCCAUUGUCCUGGACAGCCUCAAGCAGCACUACUUCAUUGACAGGGAUGGUCACAUGUUCCGCUACAUCCUCAACUUCCUCAGGACCUCAAAGCUCCUCAUCCCAGAUGACUUCAAAGACUACAGUCUGCUGUACGAGGAGGCCCGGUAUUUCCAGCUGCAGCCCCUGCUGGCCGAGCUGGAGCGCUGGCGCCAGGACAAGGAGCUGAGCCGGGUGUCGCGUCCGUGCGAGUGCCUGGUGGUGCGCGUGGCGCCGGACCUCGGCGAGCGGAUCACGCUGAGCGGGGACAAGGCCCUCAUCGAGGACAUCUUCCCCGAGAUCGGAGACGUCAUGUGCAACUCCGUCAACGCUGGCUGGAACCACGACUCCACUCACGUCAUCCGCUUCCCCCUCAAUGGCUAUUGUCACCUCAACUCUGUUCAGGUUUUGGAGCGGCUGCAGCAGCGAGGGUUCGAGAUCUCAGGCUCGUGCGGUGGUGGCGUGGACUCCUCCCAGUUCAGCGAGUACGUGCUGAAGAGGGAGCUGAGGCGGGCCCAGAGAGGCCUCCAGACCAACAGGAUAAAACAGGAGCAGCUGGACUAAAGACCUCCCGGCAACAGGGGGCGCCAGACAUUUCAACUACCGCUGAAGCACAGACACUUCCUGUGUGAUAGGUUUUUUUUCUUUACUUCUUUUUUUUUACGUAUAUAAGAAAAAAAAAAGAAAAAAGUGCAACUGAAUUUUUUUGCCACAAGAAGAUACAGAACAUUUGAUGACUUUUUUAAAUCAUCAAUUUCCUUGUGACUUUCCCUUGAAGACGAAAUAAAAGUCCCCAGAUGAAGUUUGUUUUAAAACUUUGAUGCUACAGUAUGAAAAAAUAAGAAAUCUAUGUAUAUAAAGGCCAAACUGUUCAAAUACGAUAAAAAAAUGAAGUUUGUUAUUACCACUGCUAUUUUAUUAUUACAGUACAUGCAACAUUCCACAGAGUGAAGUCAGAAGAGUUUUGCAAGAAUUCUCUCUCCGUGUAUGUGAUCUCUAUGUUUUCCAUGUUGUUUUUUAGGCAGUUUGUCCAUUGUUUUUUUUCUUCUGGACAAGUAAAAUGCAAAAAUGAAAACAGUUGAAGUAUGUAAAGAUAGCUCAAAGAACUUUUAUGGACAAAUCUCACAGUAUGCCAGGAUGUCAUGGCACAUUCUCCACUCAUUAAAAUAAAAAUGAAUAAAUAAAUUAUGUUAAUCCGAUUAUCUCUUUGUCUGAGAGUACACAUUUCACUAGGAAAUAUCAAUAUCUAACUUCUCUCUGUGUUAUUGCAUACAAAUAUGAUACUGUGUUUAUUUUUAGGUUGAAUAUGGCUCUGA